AGGUGAAUGCUAUCUGUAGGUUGGUUUUAGUACUUUCGCCCGAAAUUGUAGCGUAGUCUCGCUACGUGUGUCGUGGAAAGUGCGAGCUCAAUCUCGGUGCUGGCUGCAUUCACGAAAGUUGUCAUGUAGGGCUGCGUUUGGAUCCAUAAGUAAAUGAUUUUCAAUCCCGCGUUCAAACCGCAGGAGAAACGCGUAUACGGUGCGGACUCGCGUCUCUCCGGUAGCCUAAAUGGCGUUGUUAUUCCUAAGAAGACGCCUUUGCAUGUUCACAGCUGAGAUCAAGGAAGUCAUAAGAGGGAGCCAGCCGUUCUGCUCCUCGGUGGCCCCGGGCCGGCAACGUGUCAAUGGAGUGGAUCUCUAUUAUGAGCAGACUGGCAGAGGGAAGCAGGCAGUCCUGCUGCUGCCUGGAGCUCUGGGGAGCACUCAGACUGAUUUUGGGCCUCAGCUGAAGUCUCUGAAUAAGGAACGUUUCACUGUGGUGGGCUGGGAUCCCCGUGGUUAUGGACGCUCUCGCCCUCCGGAGAGAGACUUCCCCCCAGACUUCUUUGAGAGGGAUGCAAAGGAUGCUGUGGAUCUGAUGAAGGCACUUGGCUUUAGCAAGUUCUCUUUGCUGGGGUGGAGUGAUGGAGGGAUCACCGCUCUGAUUGCAGCGGCGAAGAACCCCGACCUGAUCAACAAGAUGGUGGUCUGGGGAUCCAACGCAUAUGUUUCCCAGCAGGACCUCAGCAUCUACAACGCAAUCCGCGAUGUGUCUAAGUGGAGCCCGAGGAUGAGGCAGCCCAUGGAGGACGUAUACGGAGCGGAGCUAUUCGCGAGGGUCUGGGAGGCCUGGGUGGAUGGGAUUUCACACUUUGUCCAUAGACCAGAAGGGAGUAUCUGCAUGGAACUUCUGCCCCUGAUCAGCUGUCCUACCCUCAUCGUCCAUGGAGAGAAAGACCCGGUGGUGCCCGGCUUCCACCCGCAGUAUCUCCUCAAACACAUCAAGGGAUCAAAGUUACAUCUGAUGCCAGAGGGAAAACACAAUCUUCACCUGAGGUUUUCUAAAGAGUUCAACCAGCUGGUGGAGGACUUUCUGGAAGAUUGAUAAAUGCUUUGAAGGGACUGAGUGUGUCUGGGUGUGUUUCACACUCACGUAUGAGCCGUGCAGCACAGACGUGCCCUGCACUCACACGUAAAUUUUCCAAGUCGGAAACUGUAAAUCUUUUCCUGCAUGUGAAAAAAAAAAUGUAACCUGGUUGUCUGUUUGUUUGUCUGUUGAGUUUACUCAAACAUUUGAUUAUUGGAUCAAAUCUUUUACACACAUUCACAUAGACAUUUAUUAUCACGUUCAAAAUGAUAAUUCAGAAGUGCAGUUCUUAAAACAUUUUUCACCAGUUUUCCAGGGGUUUAAAAUAUUGACGGUUCUGAUUUAAUGUAAGAAGAAUCACGAUUACAGAAAAUUAAGUGACAGACUGUAUCAUUAUGGACUGCUUUCAAGAAACUCAGUUAGAAGGGGGCUGAUUUCUUAUUUAAUUUCCAUUUGUAAUAUUAAACCUACUUUAAAUGUUUUUCCACCAAUUAAAAAUGAGUUAUGUGAUGACA